CAGUAAUACUUAAUAUAGUCAUUAUUAUGUGCUCCUUCCACAAAAGAAACCACUUACACCCGCGAAGCCUGCUGGGAUUUAGAGUUCUAAGCAACACUGGAAAUGUCAAUAGUCGUCCAACCAUUCGACUCCGAGUUUUCAGCCUGUCGGAAUGAGACGCUAAGAAACUCGGGACCAGUAGCCGAUGUUUGUAUGUGGCGAUGCUGUGUAAUUUUUUGAUAUGGUUUUCUUAUAUUCCGGAUUUUUUUUAAAGUUAGUUAGUAACACAUAGUGCUGCUGUGCACAGAUAUGUCGGAGUCGACAGAGACGGAUCAGGAUAUCAUACGACUAAGGUCUAUCAAAAGCCAGCGAACCUGUAUUGUGCCCCAACAAGACAGACUUGGAAACUGCAGGAGUGUGAAAGAAUUCGAGAAGCUAAAUAGAAUAGGAGAGGGGACCUAUGGAAUUGUGUAUAGAGCACGGGACACCAAAAGUGGAGAGAUAGUUGCUUUAAAGAAAGUGCGCAUGGACAAAGAAAAAGAUGGCAUUCCCAUCAGCAGUCUACGAGAGAUCAAUUUGCUUCUCAAACUAAGGCACAUUAACAUAGUAGAACUGAAGGAAGUAGUGGUUGGAAAUCACUUAGAAAGUAUUUUCCUAGUGAUGGGCUACUGUGAACAAGAUCUAGCCAGCCUUUUGGAAAAUAUGCAGUCACCUUUUUCUGAAGCUCAGGUGAAAUGUAUAAUUUUACAAGUUUUAAAAGGACUGCAUUAUCUUCAUGAAAACUUUGUUCUACAUAGAGAUCUUAAAGUAUCAAACUUGCUAAUGACUGAUAAAGGAUGUGUAAAAAUAGCUGACUUUGGGUUAGCCAGGACAUAUGGAGUACCUCUAAAACCAAUGACGCCUAAAGUUGUGACACUGUGGUACAGAGCUCCAGAACUGCUGCUGGGCACAAAAACACAGACAACAGCUAUUGAUAUGUGGGCCGUUGGAUGCAUUUUGGCUGAACUGCUGGCCCACAAGCCACUGCUUCCUGGAAGCUCAGAGAUUCAACAGAUUGACCUUAUAGUGCAAUUGUUAGGGGCACCCAAUGAGAACAUUUGGCCAGGUUUCUCUAAGCUACCACUGGUUGGGCAGUACUCCUUAAGGAAACAACCAUACAAUAAUUUGAAGAACAAGUUUACCUGGCUGUCAGAGGCUGGACUUCGACUGCUUAAUUUCCUUUUCAUGUUUGACCCAAAGCGCAGAGCUACUGCAGAAGACUGCCUAAAAAGUAGUUAUUUCAAAGAAAAGCCUUUACCCUGUGAGCCAGAGUUGAUGCCUACUUUCCCGCAUCACCGAAACAAACGAGCAGCAUCAACUUCUGAAAGCCAAUCAAAACGAAGCAAAGUUUAAUAAUCGAACAGCAACAAAAGGUUCAAGUUUAGUAAUAUGGUUUGUCCCUUUUUAAAAAAAAAAAAAAAAAAAAAAGUCGGUACAUCUUUAACUUUACUGCUUAACUUUGGUUCUAUCAGUCACUACUAGUUUAUCAAACUAAAUGUAUUUACUUAU